CUGAGUGGGUGUUCCUCUCUACUACUGCCACUCUUGCUGCAAGAGACCACAGAAGUGACAGUGCCGGUGCGUCUUAGCUUAGUAACUUAUUUGUUUAUUCUUUAGAAUAUAUCCCACAUAAUUAAAUGGCUCCUUCUCGCACAAAGCGGCAGCAGGCCCCUGUCAUUGCAAGCACCAAGAUGAAUUUGCGGAGCUUUCGGAACGUCCCGCUGGUUCCCAUGGAAACUUCCUCGUCUGAUGACAGCUGUGACAGCUUUGGUUCUGACUGCUGCUCUAAUAACAAGAAACCAUACACCAGGGCUAGGGUGAUGGCAAAGAUGUCCAAGGUGUUUGAGGCCACUUCAGAUGAAGAGACAUCUGAUGGGUUUGCAGCAAAAGAUGUAACCAGUGUGAUGGAGACCAUGAAUGUCAACUGUGACUCAGAGGGCUCAGAACCUCUUCGGCGUGUCCGACGUUCACAAACCUUGAAGGUGGCCUUGAAGUUUCCCAGCAGGAAAACGGUCCACAAGAAGGCACCCCCCACAGAGGCCCUCCCUCAGGCCAAAGGCCCAGAGUCUGACUCUGAGGAGGGUGAAAACUUCUUGGACAAGAGGGCGCUCAACAUCAGGGAGAACAAAGCGAUGCUUUCAAAACUGAUGGCCGAGUUGAACAAAGUGCCUGGGCUGAUUCCCAGAAGGGCAUCUCUUCUUGCAGGCAAUAUGUCUCGUCGUGCCCCCCGUCAUUCUGUGGGAACCCCAGGCUCCCACAGGAGGAACCCUGAGCGCACCUCUCGAAUGCAGACUCGCUCCCGCUCUCUCAUCGACGGCCCCCCCUCACCUCCGCCUGAGGAAGACCCAGAGGACAAGUUCAGUCUGGUGCGCAGGAGCCGCAACUAUGAAGAGUUCAUGGAAGAAGAGAGGGAGCCUCGUCGGCGCAGCUACAAUGGGGUGAUGGCCAUUCCUCAUUUGGUCCGUCCUGUGGAGGACGUUACACAGGCUGAACUGGAUAACAUUUGUUUCAACGUCCGAGACAAGGUCUACGACCGCUCCACUGGAUCCACUUGCCACCAGUGUCGGCAGAAGACCAAGGACACCAAGACAAACUGCCGUAACCCCGAGUGUGUUGGAGUGAGGGGUCAGUUCUGUGGCCCAUGUCUCAGAAACCGUUAUGGAGAAGAGGUUCAAGAUGCCCUACUGGACCCAGAAUGGCGCUGCCCCCCAUGCAGAGGAAUCUGCAACUGUAGCUUCUGCAGAGCUCGGGAUGGACGCUGUGCCACUGGUGUGCUUGUAUAUCUUGCGAAAUACCAUGGUCAUGACAAUGUGCAUGCCUACCUGCUCAGUCUGAAACGAGAGUUGGAAGGGAGCCUGUGAACCGGUCUUGAGGCAGCCCAUACUGUUUUUGGCCACUGGCAUCUCUUGAAGCUCUCUGAUGUGGCUACCUUGCAUAGCGUUUAUUCUGUGCCCAAUGUGCUUUCCUGUUCCUGUAUUCCAGCCCAGUUCUAAUUACAUUGUUCUAAAUGUAUAAUGUUCAACAACCCUUAAGCAAAAUCAGUUAAGCAAACCUAAUGUUAUGAAAUGCAAUGUACCUGUUUUUUUGUUUCAAUUAUUAUGAACUCGAACAUUAAAGUUUGCUUGGUUAUUUUAUACAUUGCUGAAAACUGAGUAUCUUGUAGCUCAUUAAUUACAUGAGCCUUUUAUCUUUCUGGUUUCUCCAUCCAUGUACAUGUUCAUGUUAAACCAAGAUGGUGGAGAAUUUAGAUCAUUUUACCAUGGCCUGUUGAUAAAUAGAUAUUGUUUAAAAAAAUACCCUAUUGCAUUAAAUGUUAUAUUUAAUCUAGUGUUCAUUCUUUGGCAUUCUUUCAAAUACAAUUCUGAUUUUUAUUUGUAAAA